AUGGCAAUUCGACUUCAGAAUGUUGAAUCAGAUCCAUUAGGUAAACUUAUGGAGCAAUAUAAUCGUUUAGCUAAUGAGACAAAAUCUGUUGUAGCAAAAAAUGAAAAUACUACUAUAAAUGGAAAUAAUAUUAGAAAAUAUGAUUUAAAAGGUUAUCAAAAUUUAGGUGAUGAUAAUAUUACAAAUAUUAAUUCUUAUGGUAAUGGAACACAAAAUACUAUGUAUAAUGGUUAUACAUGGCCUAAUCCAAUGGGAUGGUGGGGUAAUCCUACUACUGGAACAAAUGAUAAUACAUGGGGUUCAGCAUUAUCAACAUAUGGUACAGGAAAUAGUGAUAUUAAUCAGAUAACAAAUUCAUCUACCUAUAAUCCAUACUUUUCAAGUAAUUUUCCCAGUCUUUUAUCAGCAGCUUCAAUAUCAACAAAUACACAAUCUAUUUUACCUUAUACAGUAAAUUCAAAAUUAUCACCAAAUCAAAAUUCAUUAAAAUAUCCUGAUACAAAUGUAUCAAUAUUAAAAGGAAGUCCUACAAAUGGAAAUUCACACUUAGGUGGUGGUAAAAUAUCAUCAACUCGAGCUGUUUGUGAAUGUCCAAAUUGUUUAGAAGCACAAAGAAUAGGUGUUAUAAAUGUUCCUGAAAAAAAACGUAAUAUUCAUAAUUGUCAUAUACCAGGAUGUGGUAAAGUUUACAGUAAAAGUUCUCAUUUAAAAGCUCACCUACGUUGGCAUAGUGGUGAAAGAGCUGUUAUUAGAAGAAAAUAA